GUUGUGCUGGCCCCCAGAGCUGUGGGCACCAAUCAACGGUUGCCAUAGCAGCGUUUGACGUCACCGUGCGUGUGGUGCCCCUGCUGCCGGGGCUGGUGAUUGGAGGAAACCCCGUGUCUGCGGAGCGUCUGUAGCCUGUGAGCAGUAAGAUCGAGAGACAGAGUCUCAGCCUCGCCGCCACUGCUGCCGCCGCCGCCCAGAGACUACUGAGCCCCGGUCGCUCCGCCGCCACCCACUCGGGACACAGAACAUCCAGUCAUGGAUAAAAAUGAGCUGGUGCAGAAGGCCAAGCUGGCUGAGCAGGCUGAGCGAUAUGAUGACAUGGCAGCCUGCAUGAAGUCUGUAACUGAGCAAGGAGCCGAAUUAUCCAAUGAGGAGAGGAAUCUCCUCUCAGUUGCUUAUAAAAAUGUUGUAGGAGCCCGUAGGUCAUCUUGGAGGGUCGUCUCGAGUAUUGAGCAAAAGACAGAAGGUGCUGAGAAGAAACAGCAGAUGGCUCGGGAAUACAGAGAGAAGAUUGAGACUGAGCUAAGAGAUAUCUGCAAUGAUGUCCUGUCUCUCUUGGAAAAGUUCUUGAUUCCCAAUGCUUCACAAGCAGAGAGCAAAGUCUUCUAUUUGAAAAUGAAAGGAGACUACUACCGCUACUUGGCUGAGGUUGCUGCUGGGGACGACAAGAAAGGGAUUGUGGAUCAGUCACAACAAGCGUACCAAGAAGCUUUUGAAAUCAGCAAAAAGGAAAUGCAGCCAACACAUCCUAUCAGAUUGGGUCUGGCCCUUAACUUCUCUGUGUUCUAUUAUGAGAUUCUGAACUCCCCGGAGAAAGCCUGCUCUCUUGCAAAGACAGCUUUUGAUGAAGCCAUUGCUGAACUUGAUACAUUAAGUGAAGAGUCAUACAAAGACAGCACGCUAAUAAUGCAAUUACUGAGAGACAACUUGACAUUGUGGACAUCGGAUACCCAAGGAGAUGAAGCUGAAGCAGGAGAAGGAGGAGAAAAUUAACCGGCCUUCAGACUUUUGUCUGCCUCAUUUUCAAUUUACACAGUAGACCAUUGUCAUCCAUGCUGUCCCACAAAUAGUUCUUUGUUUACGAUUUAUGACAGGUUUAUGUUACUUCUAUUUGAAUUUCUAUAUUUCCCAUGUGGUUUUUAUGUUUAAUAUUAGGGGAGUAGAGCCAGUUAAUAUUUAGGGAGUUAUGUUUUCAUCUUGAGGUGGCCAAUAUGGGGAUGUGGAAUUUUUAUACAAGUUAUAAAUGUUUGGCGUAGUACUUUUGGUACAUUGUGGCUUCACAAGAGCCAGUGCUAAAAUUGCUUCCAUGUUAUCUAAGCAAAGAAAACUGCCUACAUAUUGGUUUGUCCUGGUGGGGAAUAAAAGGGAUCAUUGGUUCCAGUCACAGGUGUAGUUGUUGUGGGUACUUCAAAGUUCUGGAGCACUUAGAGGGCUGUAGUAGAAAUGGCUGCCCCACAGGUGAUGCGUGUGGACCAUGUGCGUACCUGUGGGGUACUCGGUCUCUGUGUGCACGCCUUCAACUACAGCUGCAGGACUGUUCCUUAGUUGUGACCCAGCUUACUCUGGAUAAGGGCAGAAACGGUUCACAUUCCAUUGUUUGUAAAGUUACCUGCUGUUUGCUUUCAUUAUUUUUGCUACACUCAUUUUAUUUGUAUUUAAAUGUUUUAGGCAACCGAAGAACAAAUGUACAAGUAAAGAUGCAGUAAAAUUAAUUGCUUGGUAUUCAUUACUGUGUGUGUAUCAAGCAUAGCAGUAAAACAAACAAAAACCCAUGUAUUUAACUUUUUUUAGGUUUUUUUGUUUUGUUGGUUUUUUUUCUUUUUUGGGGGGGUGUUUGUUUUUUUGUUUUGUUUUGUUUUUUGGUUUUUUGAUACUUGCCUAACAUGCAUGUGCUGUAAAAAUAGUUAACAGGGAAAUAACUUGAGAUGAUGGCUAGCUUUGUUAAUGUCUUAUGAAAUUUUCAUGAACAAUCUAAGCAUAAUUGUUAAGAACACGUGUAUUAAGUUCAUGUAAGUGGAAUAAAAGUUUUAUGAAUGGACUUUUCAA